AUGCCGCCCUUAUACCGCCCGCCAUCACGACGCAGCAAGAUAGCACAGCAUAAUGCACCAAAUUGGGGAUUGGGACGAAUUAGCAGGAAUAAAAAUGAAAACGCAAAUGACUAUUUGUAUGAAAGUGCUGCAGGAGAUGGUGUUCAAGUCUUCAUUAUGGAUACUGGCAUAAAUGUAGCGCAUGAUGACUUUAACGGUCGGGCUACAAGGGACGCCAAUUUCGUGGAUGAAGAAUCAGAAGACGAUUUAGGAGGACAUGGGACGCAUGUCGCUGGUAUUAUCGGAGGAACGACAUUUGGUGUCUCCAAGAAAGUCCAGCUGAGGAGCAUCAAAAUACUUGACAAAUAUGGUGAUGGAACAACUGUAAGACUACUUCAUGCUCUAGAAUAUGUUGGAAAGUUAUCCAAAGGCAAAAAAAGCAUCAUCAACCUCUCUUUAAGUGGACCAAAAUCGAAAAUGAUCAACGAUGCCCUAAGUAGCACCUCCAAUGACUAUAACAUUCCAAUUUUUGUGUCUGCUGGCAAUACAGCCGACGAUGCCUGCAAUUAUUCACCAUCAGAUAACCCGGACGUAUUUACUGUAGGCUCAUCCGACCGCGAUGAUAGUGUUUCUAAGUUUUCUUCCACUGGCCAGUGCGUUCGUUUGUAUGCUCCAGGAAAAGAUAUCAAAAGCGCUUGGUUAGGCUCCAAGGAUGCUACCAUGGUUUUGGAUGGAACUAGUAUGGCUAAUCCUCAUGUAGCUGGAAUAGCGGCGAUUUUAAUGUCACAAAACACCUACAGUUCACCAAAAAAGCUUUAUGAUGCUAUCACAAACAUUGCCGUGAAAGGGCUGCUAUCGUUCCCGAAUGGCAGCGAAAAAUCCAGUCGCAACUUACUUGCUCAUACUUAG